AUGCGAGGAUUGGAAUGGGAGGACAUGGGAGUGAAAGUUGAAGGCCGGCAUUUACACCAUCUUCGUUUCGCUGAUGACAUAGUUCUUAUAACAACAAGCAUCAAUCAGGCAGAACGGAUCCUGGCCGAAUUUGAUGACACGUGUAAAAAAGAUCAGUCUUCGGCUGAACCUAGACAAGAUGUUCAUGAGGAACGAAUGGGUCGGGAAAUCAACAUGAUGAACGACCUGACCUCCGAGCUGGGCAGAAGAAAACGAGCGGCUUGGAGAGCAUUCAAGAGCAUCGAGGAUGUAGUAAAGAGGAGCAAGAAUAUCCGCGUCCAUGGUCACCUAUUCAACACCACCGCUCUUCCUCCUUUGAUCUACGCUUCAGAAACGUGGGUUUUUUUGCGACCAGGAGGAAAAUGCGAUCAGCGUCAAAGAACACGGAAUAGAAAGAGCGAUGUUGGGAGUAACCCGCUUUACGCUAGUGGAAAAAAAGAUUCGAAGUUCACUUCUACUUCACCAAUCGAAGAUCAGAGAGGCUUCUACAUAUGCCAAGGAUAG